UCAAAAGUGUCAAAAAGAAAAACUUUUGGAAGAAAAAUUUUUAUUUCCGCGAUUUCCGCUUGAAAUUUGUGCAAAAUAAUUCACAUAUCAGUGAUGUAGUGGGCAGGACGGUGUUCAAUGAGCGUGGUGCAAACGGUGAAUGUGAAAAAGGUGCCGGGACUGCGGUGCAAGAGUGCAAAAAGUGCUAAAAAGUGAAGAAGAACACUUCCACAGUGAGAGCGCGACAGAACCUUGGGGAUCUUGGGGGUUUUUUAGAGAGUGCUGGAAAUUGCGGCCGUCGCAAUCGUUGUCACCACACAUGAUUUACUCAGAUGAGACACAAAGAACACACAAAUGAUGGCCAGGAGAGUCGUCAGGGGCUGUAGGAGGUCGUGGCCCGUGGGGGUCGCACUUCUCCUCCUAUUUGCCAUCCUCCAAAAUCAGGCUCAAGCGGAGCCUCUGCGGGUGGCAGCCCCACCCGGGACUCCGCCGCCCAAUCAGCCAUGCGACCGAACCCGGAGGAUCUUCACGGAGCCCUACGGGGAGAUCAGCGAUGGUCCGUCCGGAUUCAAUUACACUCAGGAUUCACACUGCGAAUGGCUAAUCAAGGCGAAAAACGAUAGCCAAUACAUAACACUUACAUUCCGGAGUAUGGGAACAGAAUGCUCGUAUGAUUACAUUUUCGUAUACGACGGGGAUAGCUUCAGGUCUCCCCUUUUGGGCAGUUUUAGCGGCAAGACGGAGCCACAGCGUGUGGUGGCCACGUCCGGAAGUAUGCUAAUUCUCCUGUACAGCGAUACGAAUUACGUACUGGAUGGCUUCAAGGCUGAAUUCUCCGUCACGAACUGCCCGAAUAAUUGCACAAAUCGCGGCAAGUGCGUGAAUCACAAAUGCAUUUGCCACGGAGACUGGAUGGGGGUGGAUUGCAGUGGAAAUGCCUGCCCAGAUCGCUGUGGUGAGGAUGAAGGACACGGCGUGUGCUCGGGUGAAUGCAAGUGCCGCGAUGAGUUUUCAGGGCAGAGCUGUAGCCUCCACAAAAGUCACCCGGUGGGCAAUGAAUGGCACUGGCUCUCAAAUUCCAUUGAGGGCCUGUCCCCACGUGCCGCUCAUACGGCAGUCUAUGUGCCCGAAACGGAUUCUCUCUACGUUUUCGGUGGCUACGACCUCAAUAAUGUUCUCAGUUCUCUGCAGAUUUAUCGUUUUGAGAAGAGCCGCUGGGAAGAUGAGUGGGGCAUGAAAUUGAAGAGCUCACAUAAAUUCGAUAAGACACACGUGAAGGAGGCACUGGAGACAGAUAGCAGCCAGUGGGGAUUGAGUGCGUCAGCCUCAUUUCUCCGCAAUACUCUCUCCACCGUCCUCACGGACCAUCAGCUGGCCAUACGGGAUAAACAGUCAACGAAUCAUCCGCACAUAAAUCGCACGACCGAUGAUAUUCUCGAGGAUAUUAUCGGUCGAUCGCGUCCCACAGCACGGUAUGGUCAUGCUGCGUGCCUCAUGCCAGAUGGAUUCAUCAUCUAUGGGGGCAAAUUGGCCAGUGGAGGAUUGUCCAGCAAUCUGUGGUUCUACAAUGUCUCCAAUGGGGGCGGAGAGUGGACGCUGAGGGCGAUGAAUUCAACGGUGAAGCCACCAGCUCUCACGCGACACACUCUCACUUUAGCCGGUGACUACCUCUACUUGUUCGGUGGCAGUCGAGACAAUGGAGAAUUCUCAUCACGCAUGUUCAGGAUCAAAGUGCUGGGGCAGACGGAGGAAGAUGGGGAUGAGCAGUGGGAAGAGGUGACCCCACGCGGUGGGAAGGUGCUGGAUGUUCGUGUUGUAGCCCAUACGACAGUUUAUCACAAAUCAUCAAAUUCCCUGAUUGUCUAUGGGGGUGUUGUUGCGGGUGUUGCACGCUUCUCGAAGCUAUCGGACAGGAUGUUUGCCUUUCAGCUGGAUAAGAGGCAUUGGACGGAGAUUAUGUACCCACGAACGCCGCUGAGGGAUGCCUACAUUCCGCGUGAGAGGGCCUUCCACACGACCACCAUUGUGGGGAAUUAUUUAAUUGUUUUUGGAGGGUAUUCGCAUCGGCACAACAAAGAGGAGAUUUGCUACGACAAUCAGAUGUACCUGUAUCAUCUGGGAUGCCAUACGUGGGUGAAUCAGGAUGUGUUGGGUGUGGGGAAGAGGUCACGGUAUCCAAAGCAACAGGGGGUGUUUGCGCACGCGGCAUCAUUGAGGAAUAAGAAUACCCUGCUGAUUGUUGGAGGGUAUCAUGGGAAUGUCAAUGGGGAUCUCCUGGCGUACACUCUUCCACCGAUGCUGGUGAUUAAGGAUGAGGAGACAUUUGAACCGGAGCCACUUUGCUACAAGCACACAAGUGUCACGGAAUGUCUCUCCGAUCCGGAAUGCGGGUGGUGUUCAGCCGAUGGGGUUUGCUAUGGACGAACAGUUGGGGCGAAUUGUACGACGAAUUUGCAGACAACGCGUUGUCCGGGAAUUUGUCCGGCUCUUGGGGAUUGUCAUUCGUGCCUCUUGCACGGUGCUGUGGAUAUUGUGGAGAAGAAUCAUCAGACAGUGGCGCACAAAUUGGGUUUGGGGCAGUGUACGUGGUGCGUUCAGAAUGCUCGAUGUCAUCACAAGGAUGACAAUUAUGGGGUCUGUGGGGAGGAUACUCCGUCACAAUCACCCGGAUGGUGGGGGACAAAGGGUACGGAGAUUGUUGCGGCGAAUCAGUGCACGGAACUCGAUAAACGUCCUGGAUUGACAUUCAUCAAGUACCUCCAUCCCGUGAAUUGGACAAUGCCCGAUCAGGUGACCAUCGUGAAUGCCACAAUGGUGGACUUCAAUGCUCCAUCAUCUAAUACGCACACCGAACAAUCCUUCCAUGGGGACAUGGUGGCACGAUUGGCCGGCUUUAUCCGUCCACCGCCUUCGUGGGAGAAGUCCGGAGAGAUGCUGCGUGUUUGUGCCAGCUACUCCGAUGCCACGCUGCGGAUGUCAACGAAUGGGGACAUCACGCUGGCGGCAAACAUCUCAACGGAAGCUACUCAGUGCACAAUGGCUCAAUGGCCGCCGCUCAAGAGCAGCCGUAUCAUGGUUGAUUUGCAGGCUAGACGAAGUGUUGGCAAUGGGAAUAUGUUUCAUCAUCAUCAUCACAGUAAAAUGGGUUUACAGCACAAUCGUACGAAUGAGAAUGCAAAAGCUUUCACUUUUGAGUAUUUGGAACCCUUUUCCAAUGGCACAAAUUGCGAUGUGUACCGGAAUUGUUUGCACUGCUUGUCGGAUUCGGCGUGUGGAUGGUGUGAGGUGACAAAUACCUGCCUCAGGCGGACGGACAAUGAGAUGGACAUGUGCAGGAUGGACGAUGAGUGGAUGUACCUAACGCUUCAGCCGUCACACUGUGCAAACUGCUCCAAUUACAUUUCGUGCGAGCAAUGCGUUGAAUCGGGAUUGUGUGAAUGGUGGGCAGAGGAUGCACGUUGCUCAAGACGCGGCAGAGCGCCACUGGCUGUGACUGAUGUGGCGCAGUGUCCUGCUCCGUGCUAUGCCAGAGAGACGUGCUCAGCGUGUCUCGAUGAGCGUGGACGGUGUGUUUGGUGCGAAGCAACGCAGCAAUGCUUCAGCUUCUCCGUCUAUACGAGCGAGUACCAAUUUGGGUUGUGUCGUGAGUGGCUGGAUCAGACAAUGCCUCUUGCGCCGUCUUCCGUGCAAAUGGAUGGGGUGAUGACGGAUGAACAAGCUAUGGCUGUUCAGCAAUCUCUUCCAGCACAGCAAUGCAAAUCAUGCGCCAGAUUCUCAAACUGUACGUCCUGUUUGCGCUCCCUGAGCUGUGGUUGGUGCUUCGAUCGGGACAAUCCCAUCGAAGGGAUUUGCAUGCAGGGUGACUUCAAUAGAUCAACAGAGGAUUGCGCUGCUGCGCUGAACACAACGCAGCAAGAGGCAGAAUGGGCGUACGCUCAGUGUCCAGAUGUUGAUGAAUGUGGUUUGGGGCUGCAUGAUUGUCAUCCAGAGGCAAAAUGUACAAACACCCACGGAUCGUAUAAUUGCCACUGUCGACGGGGAUUCAUAGGCGAUGGCAGGACAUCGUGUGUGCGGACGUGCUUUGAGACGUGCAUCCAUGGCUAUUGCGAGGGGGCUCCCAAUUACAAAUGUCGCUGCAAUUUAGGCUGGACAGGGGCGGAUUGCAGCAUAAAUUGUGGCUGCAACAAUCACUCAACGUGCGUCGAGGAGGUCGGGAAGUGCGAUGAAUGCCAGAAUUGGACAGAAGGGGAAUUCUGUGAGAGAUGUUCUCCAGGAAGUUACGGCAAUGCCACAUCCUUCAUCGGCUGCCAACCGUGCAAUUGCAAUGGGCACGGGAAUGAGGCGUUGGGGGUGUGUGACGUGCAGACGGGUGAAUGUUUCUGCCAGGAUAACACGGAGGGCUUUCACUGCGAAGUGUGCAAUAGAGAGUUUUAUGGAGAUCCUCGUGAUGGUGGACAGUGUUUCUUUCAAUGCGAAGCUCGUGGGAUGUUGACGCACAUUGGACGUCAAGGGAUUGGUUCCAUGCAGUCCCAUAAAUCCCUCUGGGGCGGAGCUGAUACGCGAGAGUGUCUCUGGAUAAUCCGACCACGUACUCCGGGUGGUUCUCUCCUCAACACCAGCCUCAUUCAGCUCCACAUCAAUAGGGAUGAUCUCAAUGUUUCCUGCGUCGAUAAUGCGGUCUACGUGUACGAUGGACUUCCCGAUUUGACAGGGAACACGCAGCAGAGUCAACUGUUGGCUGUUUUCUGCAAUCAAGACAGCACCGCGAUGACUGUGGAGGCUCACACGGGUCACUUGACGGUGUACUACAAACAAGGACCCGUUGGGCAGGGCUUCAAUGCCAUGUACAGCGUCCACAGUUGCUCAUCCGGCACCUGCCAGCCACCACAUGUCUGCACAGACAAUGGCAAAUGCGUCUGCCCACAGGGAUUCACAGGACCUCACUGUAGUAUUGAAAGGUGCCCCGGAAAUUGCAGUGUAGCCUUCAAUCAGGGUACUUGUGACACAUCCUACGGUCGAUGUCUCUGCGCAACAGGAUUUGGAGGCCCAGAUUGUUCGGUGAAGCUCAAACUGCGGAACGUUGUUAUGGCUGAACUCUUCAAUUCGCAACUCAUCAGCGAAAGUCUGGAACAUUUAAGGAAAACCCUUCCGCGUUUUGGACACUCAAUGGUCGCCGACAAGAGGGCCUAUCUCUGGAUCUUUGGAGGCUACUCACUCUCUCAUGGGCCCUUAAAUGAUAUCCGACAGUUCGAUACGAAGAACAAUACAUGGAUGCAGGUAACAGUGGACUCAACGCCUGAAGCCAAAAUGCCCCAGGGUAGGUACUUCCAGGCAGCUGAGAUUGUCUCCUCAAAGCAGGCAAUCUUUGUCUACGGCGGCCUCACGGGACAGGGCAAAGGGUAUGCAAAUAGCAUUCUCGGGGACUUUUGGCAGUUUUCUCUGCAAAAUCAACGUUGGGAUGAGGUUGAGAUGGAAGAUGUGAAACCUCCACCACUUGCGGGACACACAUUGACCUUCGUGAAGGAUGGCGAUCGGGAGUGUUUGGUCAUCAUUGGGGGCUUCUCAACUGAACGUGGGAUGCAGAAUGAGUUGUGGGAGUACGACGUGAAUACGGGCAAGUGGGAGAAGUUGGCUGCAACGGGAGCAGGGCCAGUUGGUGUGUAUGGACACACGACGGUCUUCCAUGCCAACAAUAUGGUGCUGUAUGUGUACGGAGGGGUUGAGUUUGAGGGACAACGCACGGUGAUUUCGAAUAAGUUGUACGCACUGCAGUACAACAAGAUGAUGUGGAGUGAGCUGCCGGUGUUCAGUGAGCUAAUCCGUGGGGUGAAUCACAUGCCACGCGGGAGAUUCCUGCAUUCUGCCAUCACGACAGAUGGGUACAUGAUUGUCUUCGGGGGACAAACUAAUCCGUACAAUAGUACGGACGUAAUGGCGGCGUAUGUGUUCAAAUGCAACUAUUGGGUGCGUUUGACGGAGGAAGUGGAGAUUGUGGGGAACCUGCCGUCGCCCACGUAUGCUCAGGCAAUGUCGUAUGAGCAGGAGAGUGGAUCAAUCUACGUGAUUGGCGGUUGGGAUGGGAAUACACGAAGUCGCGUGACACGCAUCACAGUUCCGUCGGAUUUGUGUGAGUUGUGGAGCAGUGGGAAGUACAUGUGUCGCAAUUUCAUGGGUUGCAGCUUCUGUUCCGUCGACAAUACGUCUCAUUGCUUCUCCAGUGGGCGCUCAGAGGUGUGUACGGGUCAGAAUGCUCGAACAAUCUUCAACUACGGCGCCCUGUGUGACGAUACGUGGCUGUCGAAGCGGAAAUGCUCAACUUUUCACACCUGUACGACAUGCUUGGCUUCGUGGCCGUCGCAUGCAGAACUCAGUCCUGCUUGUCAGUGGUGUGAGUCAUGCGGUGGGGAGGGGCGAUGUAUCCCAGCAGGGCAGGAGUGUGACAAAGACGACGACUGUGGGUCUCCGCAGACGACAAUUGGGCUCGUUAAUCAGUGUCCGAGUCUCAAGUGCGCGGCUACGGAUUGUGAGAGUUGUCAUGCUCUUUCAGCGUGUUCCUGGGCUCAAAAUGGAACAGAUCCAUGGCAGUGUGUGGCAACUGAGCUGGUUGAGGAGGAGAAGUGGACGCCCAUUGCUGGGGCAUGUCCACCACGAUGCAAUAUUCACAGGAAUUGCAGUACGUGCCUCGCAGCACAUACCUCAGAGGGUGGCUGGGAGCAUUGCUUGUGGUCAACACAGCUCAAUGAAUGCAUCUCGCCGAGCUAUCAACCCCUCUACUGUGCUGGCGGUGUCUGUGGGCUUGUUCUCACGCACGAAGAUCCCCUCAAUUGUCCCGAACCCUGCAGUUCCUUCACGCAGUGCUCAACAUGUCUCAGGCACGCACACUGCGGGUGGUGUUCACGUGAAGGCAGCGAAGGGGAUGGCGUGUGCACGGAGGGGAGCAUUGAGAGCCCCACGGAGUACCCAGCAGCCUCCACGUGUGACAUCAUCUACGCCAGUCGUCACAACAUCACAAAUGUCGAUCCGGAGGAUGAGUUCAAGUGGUACUACGUCCAAUGUCCGCCUGAAAAUGAAUGCAUCAACGGACAUCACACGUGCAAUCCCAAAUCCGAACAGUGCGUUGAUCUCAUGAUUGGCUACGAGUGCAUCUGUGGCGUUGGAUUCCGCGAGGAUCAGGGAGAAUGUACACCAGUUUGCACGCAGGGCUGUGUGCGGGGUAACUGCAUCGAACCGAAUCUCUGUGAAUGUCAUUUCGGCUACGUGGGUGCCAACUGCAGUAUUCAGUGUCAGUGCAAUGGGCACUCCAACUGCGGUGGCCCCGAUCGCCUCGAUGAGUGCCUGGAGUGUCACAACAACACAAUGGGGGCACAGUGUGAGAAGUGUCAGAGAUUCUUCGUGGGUGAUCCACGGAAUAAUGGGGAAUGUGUGCCAUGUAUUGACUACUGCAAUGGGCACUCAGAUCUGUGCGUGAUGAAGUCCUCAGACGCCCAUGUGUUCAAUCUCACGCGCAACGAACUGGAGAAGUACCUCACAGAGGGACCAACUCUCGAUGCCGUUUGCCUGCGAUGCGACAACAGGACAGAUGGAGAUCGAUGCGAGGGCUGCAUCACGGGGCACUUCCGCGGUACGGAGAAUCAUCGUGAUGCAUGCCGACCGUGUGAGUGCCACGGGCAUGGGAAUACGUGUGACCCCGUGACGGGGGAUAAGUGCAAUUGUGGCAAUAACACUGAAAGUGAUGCCACAUGCUCGGCAACGGCCAGCAAGAAUUCCGCCCAGCAGUGCUGGAGUGUUCAGUGCUCAAAGUGCAAGGAGACCUACAGUGGGAAUCCCAUUGAGGGGCAUCAGUGCUACAAGCACAUCAAUGUUGAGUCCAAAAUGUGCUUCGAUGCCAAAAUUAUUGAUGAAUGCAAAAUAAAACCGUCACCCCUGAAGCCUGGACAGACGGUUUUCUUUGUCAUCCAGCCGCGUUUUAUGAAUGUGGACAUACGGAUAAUUGUGGAUGUGACGCAGGGUGAGUUGGAUCUGUACAUGAGCCCGCAGGAGGAUUCAUUUGUGGUGACAACGAAUCAAACAACGGGGUAUCAUCACAUCUCAUUGGAUCAUCACUACAGGUGGGUGACGGAAAUUGAUUCGGAAAUAAUAACGCCGCUCGAUAUUAGUCCAGCCACACGGUAUGACUUUGAUAACAUGACCAUAACGUCCGAGGAGAAAAUCUUCUGGACACCGCACAUUCAUGACUGCAAAUCCCUGAGUGGGAGUGGAUUCUAUGUGAAGGAUAAGCACGCACGGGAUCUCAGUACGUACAUAACGCUGAAUCAGUGCAAUACACUGUUGCGGGUGUUUGGGCUGAAGAAUCGUCUGGUGCUGACGCUACCGCAGAAUGCUCACAAUUUGAGUGCAACGCGCUUCUUUAUGGCACUCAAGGCAAGUGCGGGACCCGCGGCGAGCUAUGGGCUCGUCUUCUUCCGCCAAGAUCAACUCCACAUUGACCUCUUUGUGUUCUUCUCCGUCUUCUUCUCUUGCUUCUUCCUCUUCCUGGCUGUGUGCGUGGUGGCGUGGAAGGCAAAACAGGCGGCCGAUGUGCGACGUGCCCGACGGCGGCAUGUCGUCGAGAUGCUGCACAUGGCGAAGCGCCCCUUUGCCUGUGUCACCGUGCAUGUGGAUCCCGACACGGAGAGUCCGGUGCAGAAUCGCCGGACACGUGGGCGGGUGAAGCAGAUGAUUGCUCAAGGGCAGCAACAAGAUGUGCGUCCCGUUGCCAUUGAACCCACGGCCGAUGGUGUGGCGGCCGUUGGGACGGUGUUCAUUCGUCUUCCGGGCAAGUAUCGUUCCCCCGUGGGCCUUGCACUCGCCUCAGCUCUCAUUACGCUGCCGCGGAUGUAUCCAACGGGUAGCAGGGCAUUCCUACGGCGUCGUGGCUCCGGACACGGGGUACAGCAGCCACAAGCUCAGCAGCCGCCAAAUCUGCAGCCGCCCAGAAAUAAUUAGUAUUAAAAGAAAUGAAAAAAAAAAAUGAAAAAGAGAAGAAAACUCCAAAAACUCUUUUUCCUCGCGCCUCCAUUUUACUUUUCUACACACACACCUCAACACCAUCCUUCCAAGGAUAUUUAGCAAGUAAGUUACAAGACAUUGAAUAUUUUUCUCAAAUGUGUGUUUUAGUCUAAAAGAGAUUAUUUUAGUAAUAUACAGAGUGGAAGGAUGUUUCCAAAGGGGAGAUUUAUGCAAGUUGUGUAUGUUCAUUGUUUAUUAUUUUAUUUUCGAAAAACUAUUUUUUUAAAGAUUUUUAAACAACAUUUGUGGGUUAAAGAAAUAAUUUUAAAAUAAAAACAUUAAAAGGAUUUAAUUUGUGCUUAAAAUGUAAGAUUUUUUUUCUAUCUUGCCUUUAAAAUUCAAAGCAAAAAGAUCAAAAAAAAUUAUAGGUAAGUAUUUAGUUUUUUUUUUAGCACGCUUGGCAAUUUUUCUUUGUUUACUUGGAGCGCAUAAAAAUUACAUAAAGAGUUUCCAAUUCCACGAAAUUCGAUUAAGAAAAAAUUUUUAAAAUAGUUAAAAUAUCUUAAUUGAAAUUUCAGGAUAAUUGGUCUGAAGUUGACUUUUCCAGAACGGUCCUAUUCAGUGGGUAAGAAAUCUUUAAAAUUUCAAGAAUUUGUUCUUGAAAUUUCAACGAUUUCAAUGAUUUAUUGGUCCAAAGAAUACGAUUUAAAAUUAAAGAGAUCUUUGUUUUUAUAUUUUACGCUAUGCCUCCAAAAUCCAGAAAAUUUUUUAAAAGAUUCUGAAAUUUUUAAUGUUUGUUUUUCGAUUUUAACUUUAUUAGCUUUAUUAGUUUGGUGUUCCUCUUCGUGGCUAACACCAAUUUUACUGAAAUUUAAAAUUCAGGCCCCGGUAAGAAAAAGUCUUUUCAUUCUUCUUGAAAUUGUUUUUCUAAUCCAUAAGGAAACCGAAAAUUUUUCAUUAUUGAACUAUGAAAUUUAAAAUUUCGAUAUUGAAUUUUUUCUAAGGAUAAAAAUUAAGCCACAACGGUUUUUUUUUAUUUUAAAUAAUUUUGAAUUUAUUACUUUUUAUUUUCAUUUUUCUUUACUGAAAUUUAAAAUUCCUUUUUUUUUGAUAUUUUAUAUUUAAAAAAAAACUCUGUUUUUCAUUAUUAAAAUUUAUAACCAAAAAACUUCCCUAAUAGCCCACGCUUGCAUUUCAAAUCUCCCCCUUGAUUGGUAGCUACCCUCUUCUAAUGCACCUCAAAAAAAAAGAAAAAGAUAAUAUCACAAAGAAAUAUUUAAAAAAAAAAAUCAAAUCUGACAAUAUUAAUAAAGAAGAAAAAAAUGUUAAGAAUUUAAACAAAAAAUGAAAUGAAAAGUAAUUUUUCGAUGGAAUUCAGACAAUUUAUAAUGUAGCACGAAAAAAAUGUCUAUUAAAUAUUGGCAAUAGAAUUAUGGAUAAUAGGUAAAAAAAAAAUGUCGCAAAAUGCAGCUUUUCUAUAAGCAAAAAGUAAACCAAUUGACAGGAAUCUCUUUAUAUGACGUAAAAAAAAUAUUUGUGAUUAUUGCCUUCCCUUCCUUGAUCUCCCUCAAUGCAACUUUCACGGAGAACCCCUAAAAAUCUCUUAUUUUUUGCUGUAGAUUUUGUAUCUUUAAGAUUUUUAGAGAUGGUUGUAAAGAAAAACUUUUAUAAAAUUCUUCCUUUUCUAAUUUUGUUGUAAAAUUCGUUACAUCCCAACUUUAUCAACUUAAUUUGAAGAAGAUUUUUAUUUUUUAAAGUUUUGUAUAAUUACCUAUGAAGAAGAAAAAAAUGUUUUUCCAAUCUGUAUUAAUUGUAUAUAAGUGAUAGAUGUUAAAGAGAAAAGAAAAAAAAAGAUUAGAGAAAAUGUAGUGAAAAGAAAAAUCAAAGAUGUGAAGGAAUUAUCCUAUUUUUGUUUGUUGGUUGUGCAUUUUUCUCAUUGCAAUCUCAUGAAAGAGAAGAAAGAAAAUUAAUGUAGAUAAUAUAAAUAAAAUUAUAUCUAUAUAUAUUUUUUAAGGAAAAAGAAUCUAAUGGUGGUUUCGUGACAAUUUUUAUCUUUAGAUUUAUUUUACCAUCAUUUUUGAUUUUUUUCUAGUUAUUUUGUACGAUUUUCAAUUGAUUUUUUUUAAAUUUGUUUUUCUUAAAUAUUUGUGAAUUUGAUAGAAGUCGUUGAUUGUAUUUUAUUUUAUUUAAAAUAAACCCAUGAAAACGUCAAAAUAAUUUAGAAAGAAAAUUAACUGAUUGAUAAAAAAAAAAUCAAAAAUAUCUCUGAAAAAUAAAGAAGAAGCAAAGUUUUCAAUUUAAAAUUCCUCAGAUUUUCAAUUUUAUUUAAAUUAAAUCUUCAUGCUUUUUAAUGAUUUUUUUUCUAAAAUUUCGGAGUCAAGUUUUUAGUUUUUGGUUAUUUUUUGUUUUUCCUUUUUUUAAUAAAUUUUAAAUAAACUCAAAUUUCAGACUUAGGAACGUAAAUUAAAAAAAAAAUGAAAAAUUAGAUUCAUAAAUUACGAUUCAAUUUUAAUUUUAAUUUCUAAGUGAUUUAGAAGAAUAAAUUAUCUAUUUAAAAAUUGAAAAAAAAAUUUUUUCCAUAUUAAUUUAAUCAUUUUUCUGAUUGAGAGAAAAAAGAAUUUUUUUUAUUAAAAUUAAAUUAUUUUUCUAAUCAUUUGAAUAAUUUUCUGAUCAAUUAGCAGAAAAUUUUAAAUCAUAAAAUUUUUUAUGAUCAUUAUUAAAACUUAUAAAGCUUUCUCCUGACUAAAAUUUCAUAUUUUUUUAAUAAUUAAAAAAAAAAGUUUUCACGACAAAAAACUUUGUUAAAAAAAUUUACUUCUCACCUUAUUUUAAAAUAUAUUUUUGAAAAAUAAAAGAAAAAUCAAAUGAAAAUUGUCCGGAAUAAAUCGAAUAUAAUACCUUCUGUAUCAUAGUUCAAUGUAGAUUUAAGUUUUUUUUUGUUUUGAAUAUUUUUUUUUGAGUUAAGAGUUUUUAAACGCACGGGGAGAAGGGAGAAAGAGUAGUUUUUUUUGUGAAUGAAAAAAAAGACAAAAUUAUUUGUAGCACUUUUAGGGCGCAAUUAGGUGGGAAAGAAUUUAAUUUUUUGUAUAAAAAAAAUCAAUCUUUCAAUGGAUAUUGAAAAUGGACUGAAAAAGGUUACAUAUAUACUAUUUAAAUAAAAAAAAACAACAGAGAGAGAUAAAAAGAAAGAAUAAAUAAGAAAAAAAAAAGUAUUUAAAUGUAUGGUGGUUAAGAUUGAAGAAAAUAUAUAUAUGAAAUCAUUGUAAA